AUUUGAUGUGGCAAACUGCGAAUUCGGUUCUAUCGGUAAUUACAAAUACGUAUGAAAAUACUCGUGGGGUUGAGUAUUUGGACAAGAAACCUCAGACUUAAAAUUCCAUUGAAGAAGAAACAAGGAAUAAUUAUAGUGAGGAUGAAGAUUUCCAUGAAGUUGAUAAAGGUAUUAAUCACAUUUAGAUUAGAAUUCGAUCCCAAUUAAUGGAGUUUGAGAAAUUUUGAAAUGGGCAGAUAUUUGGGAAAUGGUAAAUUUGGACAUGUUUACUUAGCGAGGUAAAAUAAGUUUUAUAUCCGAUUAGGGAGCGUGAAAGUAAAUUUAUCCUGGCCUUGAAAGUAAUAAGUAAAAGAUAACUCAAUCUCUGUUAAUUGACUGGAUCUCUAACCAGGGAAGUGGAAAUACUCACACAUCUCAAACAUCCAAAUAUUAUUAGUUUUUAUGGCUUCUUUUAAACAGAAAAGCGUGUUUACUUGAUGCUAGAAUGGGCUCCUUUGGGAGACUUGUAUGGUUUAAUGAAGAAGCAAUAGAAUAAGAGGUUCAAUGAAAAAAUGGCGUCAAAUAUUAUCAAGCAAAUAACAAUGGCUAUUGGAUAUAUGCAUUCAAUGAAUGUGAUACACAGGGAUUUGAAACCUGAAAACAUUUUGUGUUUCAACAAUGAUGUUUUUAAGAUUUCUGAUUUCGGUUGGAGUGUUCACACCCCAUCAAAUAGGAGGAAGACUCUAUGUGGUACUUUAGACUACUUAUGUCCAGAGAUGAUUAACUAUCAACCUCAUGAUAAUAGAGUGGAUGUGUGGACAAUUGGAGUGUUGGCUUAUGAAUUAGUAGUUGGUAAUUUUUAAGAUCAUGAAUAGGGAGGCCACCUUUUGAAUCCCACAAUGAGAAUGACACGAAGAGGAAGAUUUAGCAUUUGUAAUAUUAGUUUCCGUAGUGGAGUAGUUCAGAUUUCCAGAAUUUUGUCAAGGGAAUCCUUUAACAUGAUUGCAAUAAGAGACCGACGAUCUAAUAGAUCUUAAAUCACCCAUGGAUUGCUUAAUGA